GCAUUGUGUCCCUGAUCUCCCUGGCGGUCCUCUCCUAUGAGCGCUACAGCACCAUGGUGGCGCCCACUGAGGCGGACGCCUCCAACUACCGGAAGAUAUCCCAGGGCAUCCUCCUGUCUUGGCUCUACUCCCUCGCCUGGACUCUGCCGCCACUCUUUGGCUGGAGCAAAUAUGGCCCCGAGGGUCCCGGGACCACCUGUUCUGUGGACUGGACAGCCAAGACGGCCAAUAGCAUAUCUUACAUCAUCUGCCUGUUUCUGUUCUGCCUCAUCGCACCCUUCCUGGUGAUCGUGUUCUGCUACGGGAAGCUUCUGUGCGCUAUCAGACAG